AGUUACAGAAGAGUGGCAGUGAGUCGAAACACUCAGCCUCUUGGUGUGGCAGGGAGACAAGAUGGUCUGGUGUGGCGUUCACCAGGGAAGGAUCCUAGCCACGCUCCGAGGGUGCAGGAAGGGCAUCCACUUGCAAUAACGAUUCCCUAAUGUUGAAUCAAAGUACUCCGUGAGGAAGCAACGUCUCCGCCCUCAAACACUAUGGGAGCCAGACGUCAAACCGGAUCCAUUUAAGGUCCGUUUUAGCGUGUGGUGGAAUGGCAGGAUGUCACUCGCUGGGCUUUUCAAGUUCAGGACCCUGUUGGUCACUCGUAGCUGUGAGUGUCGACGAGGCAGGGAAGGCGCCAAGGACAGGUGGAAGUUCUCAGAUGUGCAUGCAGGCGUGUGGGCGCUACCAUUGCCCGCCACGCCACACGACCGUCUCUCACCGACUGUCUGUGUUCCAGGCGCAGAGUGGGCGAGCAUGACCGAGGCUGAGAAGAGUCCCUUCUUUGCUGAGUCCAAGAGACUGAGGCUGCUGCACCGCAAGAAGUACCCGAACUACAAGUACCGGCCCAGACGCAAACCCAGAAAGCCAGCAGACCACCACGACGGGUCGUCGCCACAGUUCUCCGCGCCGCAGGGCCUGAUGCAGGGCUUCCGCCCCUUCCUGGCGGCGACGCAGCAGGCGCCGGACAGCGCCGCGCUCUUCCAGCAGGGACUGCUGCGCCCUGCGACUCCUCCCCGCGCUGUCUUCGCCCCACACAGUCUACCAAUGGGCGCAUUUUCUUCCCUGACGCGCCCAGAGUGUCCCGCUGUGUACCCACCGCACUGCCAGCAGCUAGAUGAGCUGGCCGGCUGCCCCGCGGCGCUCCUCGCGUCCUUCCCUGCACACCAGUGGUGCGCGUCCCUGCCCCUCCCGGCGCCUCAGCCAACACCCAUCUCUGCUUGGGCGUCACAGGUCAGGCUGCCCUCGCCCCCCCGUCCCCUACACACCCACAACGAGGAGGUCACGCCUAACGUGUUCAGGCCGUGGGAGUGUGAGAAGACAGCCCAGGCUGAGUGACCAGUGACCACCAGGCAGCUCUCAACAAAACGUAACUUACUCCUGCUUAGUGUUAACUUGGUCUUGGGGAUGUAAAGUUGUAAAGUAAACCUGUUUUAAGUAAGUAAUGAAGUUUAGCCGACUAACAAUAAACAUUAAAAACUACAACACAGUAAAAUAAAUGAAUAAAUGUAUAACUGUGUGUGUGUGUGUGUGUGUGUGUGUGGUGAGCCAGGAGUGUUCUGACAGGAGCACUGCACCGCUGCCGGUCAGCAGCCGGCGGCCGGCGCCGUCACGUGUGUGGUGCUGGACAGUGGACACCAGCGGUUGCCAGACUGGUCUUUUUUAGGCAAAAAGCCUUUUUUUUUUUUUUUUUU